CAAGAAAACGUCGUAAAGCAGUCGUUCGGCAUCUUAUGAAGUAUCGGUCGGGGUGGUGGCGUAUAAUGCAGUCCAUGGGUAAUUACCGCGUCGCAGAGAAGCUUUAUGACCGGCGUAUACACAUCGAGUAUUAAUUUUCUCGCGCACCGAGGCCACUCAGCUCACAACGAGCAACCAGCGUCACUGUUCACUUUGGAAUACAAUCUACAGUCUUAGGUCUUGGGUAUUAUUGCUGCGGGGGUGAGCUACACACAUUUAACAACCACGUAAACGUCAUAACCGCUCAAACGAAUAAAAUUAAUAAUCGAUAUUCGAAAAGAUACGUUACUAUUUCGGCAACUUGAGCGAGUUGAUCUCGAUGUCCUUUGUCCUGGAAUUCUACGUGAGUCUCGUUGUCAAACGAUGGUGAGACCAGUACAAACUUCUCUCCCUUGGCCGAAGAACCUGGCUCUCUUUAUCAGUGCUACCAUCCCUGCAGACGGCUUAGUAGCGAUGGACAGUCUCAGUGAAAGUGACAAUAAAAAUACCAAAGAAAAUACUGAAGAGGACACGGGUGAGUCAGACCCCGAGGAGAGAAGAGAGAGGAUGGAGCCGAUCAGAACGAGCACAAAAAAUGCCUUGAAAACAACCCACCAGAAUCUCUCGGAUAUUUAUCCCCACCGUGUGAAGGUGUCGAUAGUCGGCGCGGGAAAGAUCGGCGUCGCCUGUGCGAUCGCGAUUCUCAUGAGGAGAAUGGCAAGCGAGGUCUGUCUGAUCGACAAGAAUGCGGUAAGAGCGGAGGCCGAAGCUGAGGACAUCCGGCACGCAGGCAUCUUCUUAGGUAAUCCUCUGAUCACCGGUACAGCGGAUAUGACGAUGGUGAAAGAAUCAGCGGUGGUGAUAAUCGCCCUGGGGGAACCGGGACCCGGAGAGUCACCCAACGUAAAAGUUAAUUUGGAAAUAUUCAAACGGGUAAUACCCGCGAUAGCCAAGUUCGCUGGUCGUGCAGUGUUGGUUGUUACGACACGACCCGUCGAAGUGAUGUCGUACAUAACCUGGCGGCUAUCAAACUUACCAUCGAAUCGUGUAAUCGGUACCGGGACUCUUGUCGACACAAUGAGGUUCCAGUGUCAUCUGGGUCAAAGACUUGGAGUCGCUAAUACUUCAGUCUGUUGCAUGAGCAUCGGCGCACAGGGAGAUUCAUCAGUACCAGUCUGGUCGAGCGCUCACUUAGCCGGGAUAAAGCUGCGCGAUAUAAACCCAAAAAUGGGGGAACUAAAUGACCCUGAGCGGUGGCAUGAGGUGACAAGCUCAGUGAGCGAGAUGGAAUCAAAGUUAGCGGGUGAAAAGGGUGAGAAAGGACCGAGCUGCUGGUGCUUGGCAUUGUGUACCGUCGAGAUUGUCGAUGCCAUUCUGAGGAAUACCAAGGUCGUGCUACCAGUCGCAACACAUAUUCACGGUUGCAGUCAUGGCACCGACAAGGACGUCUACAUGUCCAUGCCCUGUGUUCUCGGAACCGGCGGCGUGCAUCAACUGGUCAAACACAAGCUGACCGAGUCGGAGAAAACUAACUUGCAGGCAUGCGCCGAUGGAAUCCGAAAUGUUCUUCGCGAAUGUGGGAUUCUCAUGGAACCACGCGACGACCAAAACGACGACAGUGAUGACCAUGAUGAUGAUCAUCAUCACUGAUGUAUAUUUCAUCAAAUUUCAUCAUGCAUCAUGUUUAUGUUUAUAUUGAUAUUGAUAUUGAUGUUUUUUAUAAUGAUAUUUAUUACAUUAUUAUUUUUCAAUUUAUUCCCCAUUGUGCUUUUACGACCUGUGUGAUCUUUUGUAAUUCAAUCUACAAUCAUAUUUCCCU